UUACGCGAAACUUUGGAAUGUCGGUCGACGCGCUUCAGCUACAGUGAAGAAAAAAGUCCAGGAGUAAAAGUUUUCCACACGAGGAUGGAGGGAACGAAGCGGCUGGAGCAGCGUGUUCACUUGUAGUAGAAGAACCAGAUAACGUCGUUAGGAGGAGGAAGCGGGUUUGUGGAGUAAAGAAGACAGAAAGAAGACACGGUGUGUUUAGGUGGAGUUUUUUGGGAACAUGUCCGCUUUGGUGCAGCAGCAGCUGUGGGCUGUGAAGCCUGUGGUCCUUGUGCUGCUUCUCACCGCAGCUCAGCUCAUACACGGGAAUAAGGACAGAUCACAGCCGUGUCCGAGUCUCUGUACAUGCACAGACACUCUCAUGGACUGUAGGCGCUUUAUUAAAGGCUCCAAACUCCACACACUGCCUUCAUGGGUCACACAAGUAAAGCUGGACAACAACGAGUUGGAGAUGAUGCCGGAUUUCGGCCCUUAUUCUGCCAACAUCAGCGCUCUUAUUCUAUCUAAUAACAAGAUCUCAAGCAUAUCACCAGAACAGCUCAGACCACUGUCUGCCCUGGAGACCCUGGACCUCAGCAAUAACAACUUGGUGGACGUGAAGGGAUUCCCAUCUCUCCCUCUGAAAAACUUGUACAUGAAUAACAACCGCAUCUCCGUGCUGGAGCCGGACUGCUUCAAGAAUCUGUCCGACACCCUGCUGGUGUUGCGACUGAACAGGAACCGUCUGAGCUCCAUUCCUGCCAAGACCUUCCAGCUUGACAACCUUCAACACCUAGAUCUGAGCAGGAACCGGCUGCGACGAAUCAAAAGCUUGACCUUCAACGGCCUUCAUGCUCUCCGCUCUUUAAAUAUGCAGAGGAACAGCAUCGUACGUCUGUUGGACGGAGCAUUUUGGGGCCUCAGCAAAGUGGAAAUUCUGCAAAUGGAGCACAAUAACCUGACCGAAGUGAGUAAAGGUUGGCUGUACGGGCUGUCAUCUCUACAGCAGCUACAUCUGGCUCACAACGCCAUCAGUCGCAUCAAAGCCGACCCCUGGGAGCCCUGUCAGAAACUUGCUGAGCUUGACCUCAGCUCCAAUCAGCUGGUGCGCCUGGAGGAGGGCAGCUUCAUGCGCCUGACUGAGCUCAAGCAGCUCUCUAUUGGUUACAACCAGGUCAGCUUCAUCGCCGACGGAGCCUUCAGAGACCUUACUCGUCUGCACACGCUGAAUCUGGAAUAUAAUGAGAUUUCCUGGACCAUCGAGGACAUGAACGGACCCUUUUCUGCCCUGAACAGUCUUCGAAAUCUAUUUCUUCAAGGGAAUCAGAUUCGAUCUGUUACCAAGAAGUCUUUCACAGGACUGGACUUGCUGGAGCGCCUUGACCUCAGCAACAAUGCCAUCAUGUCAAUUCAAGGAAAUUCCUUCUCCCAGAUCAAAAAACUAGAAGAAUUGCACCUGAAUACAUCGAGUCUGCUCUGUGACUGCCAGCUGAAGUGGUUCCCACUGUGGGUGGCAGAGAACGCCUUCCUCUCCUUGGGCAAUGCCAGCUGUGCCCAUCCACAGCCACUGAAGGCCAAGAGUGUCUUUACGGUCAGCCAGGACGAAUUUGUGUGUGCUGAUUUCCCCAAACCUCAGAUCACGCUUCAGCCUGAGACACAGUCAGCCAUCAAAGGCACCAACGUGACCUUUGUGUGCUCGGCAGCCAGCUCCAGCGACUCACCCAUGACCUUUGCCUGGAAGAAGGACAAUGAGGUACUGAACAAUGCAGAGAUUCACAACCAGGCUCAUCUUCGAGCACAAGCGGGUGAUGGGAGCCAGGUUACCGAGUACACCACCACACUGCAGCUGCGCCAUGUGGAAUCUUCCAGCGAGGGCAAAUACCAGUGCGUCAUCUCUAACCACUUCGGCUCCACCUAUUCCACCAAGGCCAAACUUACUGUUCAUAUGCUGCCUUCCUUUACCAAAAUCCCUAUGGAUCUCACGGUGCGUGUUGGAGCCACGGCGCGGUUAGAGUGCGCCGCUACCGGCCAUCCGACUCCUCAGAUUGCCUGGCAGAAAGACGGAGGCACCGACUUUCCAGCUGCAAGAGAACGACGGAUGCACGUUAUGCCCAGCGACGCCGUCUUCUUCAUUGUGAAAGUGAAAACGGAAGAUAUCGGCGUGUACAGCUGCACUGCCCAGAAUACAGCUGGAGCUAUAUCUGCUAAUGCCACAUUAACUGUGCUAGAAAUGCCCUCCUUCCUGCGGCCGCUGACGGACCGCACCGUAGCUAGAGGCGAGACAGCCGUGCUGCAGUGCAUCGCAGGUGGUAGUCCUCCGCCACGCCUCAACUGGACCAAGGAUGACGGGCCGUUAGCAUUGACCGAGCGCCACUUCUUUGCUGCUGGAAAUCAGCUCCUGAUCAUCGUGGAUGCAGCAGAGGCUGAUGCUGGGACUUACACCUGUGAGAUGUCUAACCCGCUGGGCACAGAGAGGGGAAAUGUGCGCCUGGCUGUCUUGCCAAACCCUAACUGUGAGUCAAACCAGGCAGGUGCAGGAGCACUAGGGCCAGUCGGCAGUGGAUCAGAGGAGGACGGCUGGACCACAGUAGGCAUCGUCAUAAUUGCUGUAGUGUGCUGUGUGGUGGGCACGUCACUAGUGUGGGUGGUCAUCAUCUACCACACACGUCGGCGCAACGAGGACUGCAGCGUCACCAACACCGACGAGACCAAUCUGCCGUCAGACAUUCCUAGCUAUCUGUCCUCUCAGGGAACGCUAGCAGAGCGCCAGGACGGCUACGUGCCCUCUGAGAGCGGAAGCAAUUACCAGUAUGUGAGUUCUUCCAUGGGAGGAUUUUACCUGCAGCCUAAGGACAUGAAAGGUGUGUGUCAGCUAGACACAGGAAGUGAAACAGACAUGGAGGCGGCCAUUGACCCUCUCCUUUGCCAUUUCCAAGGGCCAAUCGGCACACUGCUGAGGAGGGGAAACCUGUAUGGCCCAGAGCCCACCGAGACGUACACAGGCUGCACCAUAGAUCGGAGGCUCAUGUGCAGAGAUUCGUACAGCCCCUCACUCGCCAGUUUAAAAAAGAGAGAUUGUUGCACGUACGCUCCGUCGCUGUCCUCGGACCCUUGUGACCACGUGAGCACCGGGAUGCUGGUACAGCGUGAGGGCGGAGAAUGUGUCCAGUCACAGUUGCCUUCCGCCUCCUAUAUGGGUACUUUUGGUAAAGCACCAUGGAGGCCUCAGCAGGAGCUUUACCCUAGCCUCUGCCCGUCAGUCUCUCACAAAGCACCAACACUUCAUGAAAACCUCUAUACAGCCCUGGAUUAUGACUCCGAGCACGAGGAGGACCUUACGGCUCAUUCUUUUUCCCAGAAUCUAAAGCUGGACCCAGACAGCAGCAUGUACGAGCUGCCGUUUGACAGCAGCAGGACAGUGGAGAGCUGCCUGAGCUCUCAACCCUGUUCAUAGCAUCACAGGCAGCCAAACAGACUGCACACUCCAGUUAUUUAAAAAGAAUUCUACCUCAGCUUGGACGCUUGUUGUGCACGCUGGUUUUGAAUGUAAAAGGUUAAAAUGAGGAAUCCUUCUUCCAAAAGAUUGAAACUGAUCCUUUUUUUUUUUUUUUUUUUUUUUUUUUAAUAAAAUAUAUCCAUUGUUACUUUUGUACAAAAACAGAUAUCAAAGGUUUAUAUAUACGUUUUAUAAAAUAUUUUAUUUUGUAAAUUAACAGUGUAAAUAGGAUCCAUUAUUUUGCAUCUUUUUUUUUUUUUUAUUGGAAGAUUGUUGUCAUAAACAGAUGCGAGUCAAAUAAUCAAAACAAACAUAAGGGAAUAGCAAUGGCUGGUCCACGUCUUCUACACAAAGACAACUUUGUGUUUCUGUGCAAUGGUUGUAAAUGACAGCACAAUGCUUUGUGGGUACUCUUUCUACUAAUAAUAUGGCUAGUGGUAUUUUAGGAUUGACUUUUAGCUCUCUGUUCCUUGAGACUUUGUUUAAAAAAUUAUGUAUUCAAGCAACUAAUACAACGUUUGACCCGUUUCUAUUUGUAAGUCUAUGUAGUUAUCAAUGCUUUUUUUUUUUUUUUGCUACAAGUAAAGCACCCUUUUGCACACAUCACUCUUUGAUAAUAAA